AUGGGGAACCAAGAAUACAUACCAAAUCCGAAUACUGCGGAGGAACGCGCCAUUUACGCUUCUCAGAGAAAGGUUAAAGCAACUGCUGCACAGAAAGAUUCUGAGGCCUCGAAGAGCAAUAAGCCAAGUGGGAGCGAUUCUAUUACGACUGACGCGAAACCCACGAGUUCGAAGCCUCCAAUGCCUUCGAAGCGAAAAGUUCUUCCAACUACUACUCCAGACGUUGCUUCGGAUGAGGAAGACAAGUCUCCCCCUCGUACCAGGCAAGGGCAUAAAAAGAGACAGAAGGUCACCACUCCUUUGGGCAAAGGGAAAGGACUCGGGUCUUCGAAGAUUACCUCUUCGAGUGAUAAGGUGUCUUCUGAAGAAUCGCCUUUAAAAGCCACUAGUAAUGCUCUCGAUGAUAUUGGAACAGCUACUUCUGAUUUCAACUCCUUCAACGCUGCCAUUGACCUUGGUAAUCCCCAAGAUGUCCCUCAACACACCUCUCAUAUACUUUCACCAGUCCCCGAAGACGCUCCUCCUCUUGCCACUAUCAAUACUGUAUCCUCUGUUGAAGGAAGCCAUUCGACUGAUGAUUCUCCUCCUACUCGCAAAGACGCAAACAUGGGUGAGGAGGACCAAUUCUCAGGCGAAGAUAAUGCACCUGUACCAUCGACUGGGAGUGAGGACACCGUAUCUGAUCAAGGUGUCGUGGAAGAAACCUCCAAGUUGAUCGAAACUGACCUCUGUGGAAAUUCAAAUUUCGAAACUCUUCAGUCUAACAUUCUUCGACAGAACAAUGUUAAUGAGCAGCUUGCUGCAAAAAUGGCUUCUCAUAGUUCUUCAUGGAAAGCUGCCACUGAGCAAGAGAUUAAGAAACUCGAAGAGAAGAUACAGGAAGCUGAAUCUCGCCAAGCAACCAUUCGACAAACCAAUGAUCAAGAGAUAGCUGAAGUAGCGCGACUAGGUAUCCAACACUUCGAAGCUGCGCAGAAAUUGGUGUCAGAGAUCGAAGAGUUAAAGAAGCAACGAGCAUUGCUUGAGCUUCGUAUGUCUUCGUGGGAGGCUCAGUAUUCGAAGAUCAAAGAUAGCCUUCCUAGGGAUUUCAGUUAA